AUGGGGAUGGUCGGCUACUACAGAAGGUUCUGUAAGAACUUCUCGCAGGUAUCCGCACCUUUGACAGACUUGCUGAGUACGAAACGGACAUUCAGGUGGUCAGAUGAUUGUCAGCAAGCCUUUGAAGACCUGAAGCGCCUCUUAUGUACCGCCCCCGUCUUGCAAGCUCCUGACAUAAGUAUACCGUUUACGAUACAGGUGGACGCCAGUGACAGUGGUGUGGGAGCGGUACUCUUACAGAGAAGCGGAAUGGCAAACGAAAUAUCAUUGCGGACGCACUCUCGAGAUCGUAGGUGGUGUGGUCUGCACUCAGUGGCCGCUGACUCGACACUGCGAAGGACAGAGGACAGGAGUAUGCUACCGUCGCCCGUCUAG